AUGAAUAAGAUCGUGGUAUUCGGCUCUACCGGCAUGACCGGCCGCAGCGUCGUGGAGGCGGCUUUGAAACAAGGUUUACAAGUACGUGCCUUUGUUCGUGAUCCUUCCAAGUUGCCGGAGGAGUUAAAGUCUCAAGUGGAAGUCUUCAAAGGAGAUGUUUUAGAACCGGAUUCCGUUGUUAACGCUGUUGAAGGCAUGGAUGGUGUGGUCAUAGCGCUCGGCACAAACGGAAAUCUGGAUCCAACAUCUGAUUUAUCUGAGGGAACAAAGAUCAUUAUUGAUGCUAUGAGAAUGAAGCAUGUGAAGAAUGUCUCAGCAUGUGUGUCGGCUUUCCUGUUCUACGAGCCGGAGAAAGUACCACCGAGGUUUCACGCUAUUACCAAGGAUCACAGGAGAAUGUAUGAAGCUUUGAAGGACAGCGGAUUGAACUGGGUUACUGUAUUCCCGCCACAUAUAUCUGAUGAUCCAAGCCGAGAUAUAAUCGUAGAAAUCAAUCCAGAGAAGUCACCAGGUCGUUGCAUUUCAAAGUACGACCUCGGCAAGCUGUUAGUGGACGCUUUGUCACAGGAGAAAUACUACAAAAGUAUACUCGGCGUGUGCAACGUACCUCAGUGA